GGCGUGAAGCACAUGCAGGCCAUCUUCGGGGUCAGCAUGCUCAUGUACUGGAUACCGACGUUCCUGUGGGACGCCAUCGGCUUCAUCAUACCCAUCCUCCUGCUCUUCAUCAUCUUCUUCAUCUUCGACCUCCAAGCGUUCCUGUCCGGGAACAACUGGAUUCUGGUGAUCAUCAUUUUCUGCAUCUUCAUCUGGUCCAUACUGCCCAUCACGUACGCCCUCCAGUUCUGCUUCAGCUCACCGUCGUCCGGCCUGGCCGGGGUGCUCAUAUUGAAUCUACUAUCAGGUGUGAUUACACCAAUGUUAAGAUUC